GCUGAGAAAGUUAAAAUUAUUUAUUUGCAGAUGCUAUACUUGGUUUAAUAUUUUGUAUCUAUGCCAGUAUUUUUAAGUGUGACAUUUUCAAUUGCCCAAAUACUUUUUUUGACUACUUUAUAUAGCUUAUAUGGUAGAGCAAAUUAAUAGGCUAAAAAAGCAGGAAACCGGUCAAAAUAGGGAAAACAAAUAUUUCACACUUUAGGUGUUUUUGUUAUUAGUUGACACACACAAUAUGUUCUUUAAGCCACACGUGAGUUAUCUUUUAUUCAUAAGAGAACACAAGUCGGUCUCCACGGUUUCCAUGGACAGCGUUUAUGAAAUAUUAAAGCAUGUGGUGUCGAGUUGACGCCCUCGUGCCACAAGCCCUUUAUCUGAAGAUCAGGCAAGACCUUUAAUGUCAGGGCAUGCUUCACCUGGGGCACACUCUAGUUUCAGGCAACCAAAAUUUGUAUAAUGUAGAUUUGCCCGGCAGAAUGGAGCGACGCACAUCCCGCGCUGAGGAGGAGCGAGCGGAGAGAAGAGUGCGGUUCCGCGUGGCGUCGGCGCACAGCGGCCGCGUCCUGAAGGAGGUGUUCAGAGACGCGCUCGAAGACUCCGCGGACACCGACACCACUGCGAGCUCCGAGCCGGAGCGAGCAAACUCGCCCGUUAUCACCGAUGCCAACAGCCACCUGAGCGGCCUGCUGCUGGGGCCAGAGCCGGACGACAGCGGCAGCGAACCGGACGAGCUGCUCAUGUACGCCAGUGCAACCAAGGAGAAGCUCUUCACCGGAAAACGCGUCAACAUCUUCAGCAAGAACGGAACGAUUCGGGGCGUGAGGGAUAAAGUGAGCGCGGGGCAGGUGCUGUUUAACAACCUGUCCAAAAUGUAUGGGGAUUCGCUUAUUAUGAACCGGCCUAAAAGACCAUGAGAUUUUGUCUGAAAACAGCCCUGGAUGUCCUGCAGCAGAGGAUGCUGGGCCACAAAUUAGGACAUCACCCUGGGUGGAUGUCCAACAGGCUUGAGUGUGUGAAAGUGAUGAACUGCGGCCAAUGUUUUUUGUUUUUUUUAUAAGUGCUUUUCAAUAUUUGUGUAUAUUGUAGUUCUGUAAAUAUAUUUUAUAUUCACUUUGUGCAAAAGCAUUUUUUGAAAAAAGGAACUGAAGGGAUCUGUAAAGUCAACUGGUUGCUUAGAACAUUCUCUUUGCCUUUGUUUGAGGUGCCUUUUCUUUAUUUGGACCUUUCAUUGUUUGUGAUGAAUGUGAUUGUUUUUUU